AUGAGGCCCGCCUUAGCUCUCUUGCUCUCGACUGCUACGGGCCUCGUGGCUGCCCUGGGUCAGAAGCCUGUGGUAGCCUUCAAUGGCUCUGCUGGCGACUUCCAGAUAGCAGGAGGGUCCCUCUCGAGAGGCCAGAUCAUUGUCUCGGAGAAUGACUACUGGGGUGUCAUCAGAGCAGCCGGUGAUUUGGCCGUCGAUUUCGGCAGAGUGACCGGAACGAAUUAUACCCUUAGCACGGACUCGAGCAGUGUCUCGGCGGCGGUGUACAGUUUCAACCCUGUGAACAACAGGAAUAAUACAUUUUAUUCCACCACCGCACCAGAGAAUUUCACUGGCCCAGCCUAUUCAGCAGCCUCGCCCUCGUCAGUGGUGAUCAUAGCAGGCACCAUCGGCAACAACACUCUCAUCGACAGCCUCAUCACCUCAGGCGCUCUCGACGUAUCUAAUAUCACAGGGAGAUGGGAAUCCUUCCUCUCCCAGCUCGUAGCCAACCCGGCCCCUGGCGUAUCUCAGGCUCUCGUCAUCGCCGGCUCCGACCCGCGCGGCACCAUCUACGGCCUCUACGACGUCUCAGAGCAGAUAGGCGUGUCCCCAUGGUACUUCUGGGCCGACUCCCCGCCCCGACAGCGCUCGACCAUCUACGUGCCCGCCGGGACAUCCAAGGUGCAGGGUCCGCCCUCGGUCAAGUAUCGCGGCCUCUUCCUCAACGACGAGCAGCCGGGGCUGACGAACUGGGUGGCAACCAACUUUGCCGACGCCUUCAACGGCGCCGCUGGGUACGGCCCGGGCAUGUACGCGCACGUGCUGGAGCUCAUCCUGCGGCUGCGCGCCAACUACCUCUGGCCAGCGGUGUGGGCGUCCAUGUUCGAGGUCGACUUUGCCGAGAACCAGCCGCUGGCGGACGCGUACGAGGUGGUGUUGGGCAGCUCGCACACGGAACCGCUGAUGCGUGCGCAGAACGAGUUUGGAAAUUUCUACCCGGGGCCCUGGGCGUAUAACCUGAACAAUGCGACCAUCGACGAGUACUUUCGGUACGGCGUGCAGAGGGCAAAGCCGUAUGCGCGAAAUUCGCUGUGGACCAUGGGCAUGAGAGGCACAGGAGAUACGGCCAUCGAAGGGCUCGGGUCGGCUGCCAUUGUCGGCAUGCUGGAGACGCUGGUUCAGAACCAGCAGACCAUCAUCAGCCAGGGGCUGGACGGGGUCAACAUCUCGACGGUGCCACAGAUGUGGUGUCUGUACAAGGAGGUGCAGAAUUACUUCUUCGAGGGACUGCAGGUGCCCGAGGAUAUUACACUGCUGUGGGCCGACGACAACUGGGGCAACGUGAGGAGGUUCCCACUUAGCAACGAGACGAGCAGAGCGGGUGGUGCAGGCGUGUAUUACCACUUCGACUACGUGGGUGACCCCAGGGAUUACAAGUGGAUCAACACGGUGCAGUUGACCAAGACUGCUGAGCAGAUGCAUAUGGCCUAUGCCCGCGGUGCAGAUCGCAUCUGGAUCGUCAACGUGGGCGACCUAAAGCCUCUCGAGGUCCCCAUCAACCACUUCAUGGACAUGGCCUAUGACGCCGACCUGUGGGAUGUCUACAGCACCCAAGACUGGGCCACGGCAUGGGCGGCGCGUGAAUUCGGCUCCGAGACGGCCUCUGACGUCUCGAGCAUCAUGCUCCAGUACGGGAUGAUGGCCAACCGCCGGAAGUUCGAGCUCAUCGAGCCCGAGACAUAUUCCGUCCUCAACUACGACGAGGGCGACAGGGUGAUGGCACAGUGGGCCGAUCUGGAGUCUCGUGCGCAGACCAUCUACGACAGCCUAGACGCGAGCGAGCAGCCUGCCUUUUUCCAGAUGGUAUUGCACCCGAUCCAGGCCGGCAGCAUUGUGAACCAGAUCUAUAUCGGAGCCGAGAAGAACAUGCUGUAUGCCGGCCAGAAGAGAAACGCGGCCAACACUGUCAUGAUGAAUGUCAUUGCGCUGUCUGGCGCGGACGCCAACCUGACAGGCUAUUGGGAUAUGAUGCUGGACGGGAAGUGGGAGCAUAUACUGGACCAGACGCACGUUGGCUACGACGGCUACUGGCAGCAGCCCAUGCGGAACACCCUCCCCUCCAUGACUUAUGUCCAGUCUCAGCGCGUCUCCCUCGCUGGUCACGUCGGGAUCGGUGUCGAAGGACAAAACGCCACGGUCCAAGGUGAUGACCAGUGGCACACCAACAGUGACAACAACCUCACGGUGCCGGUGAUGGAACCCUAUGGCCCGAGCACGCGCUACUUCGAGGUCUUCUCGCGUGGCACCAAGAACUGCACAUGGACCGCAACGCCUCUGGCCAACUAUGUCAGUCUGUCGCAGACUACUGGCAGCGUAAGUCCUGAUGGCAGCGGUGAUACGCGCGUGUACAUCAGCGUCGAUUGGGCCAACGCCCCUGCCGCACCUAGCACAACGACAGUCAAUAUCAACGUGACCAACAGCUGCCGAGGUCUGGACAAGUAUGCCUACUCGCUUCCGCUGGUCCAGGUGCCCGUGUCCAACCACGUCCCGGCGCCGAGCUUCAUCGCAGGCUUCGUCGAGUCUGACAAGCACGUCGCCAUCGACGCACCCAGCUACCAAGCCAUCGUGCCAGGUGCUUCAUCAGGCGCAACAGUGAUCAACGGCUCCUCCGCCGGCAAUGUGACAUACCAGACCUUCAAGGGCCUCUCCCGAACGGGCGAUGCAGUCGGCCUGAUCCCGCAGGACACGGAGAAAUUGACCACCGACCAGGCGCCUGCUCUUGAAUACCAGCUGUACCUCUUCACCAACACAUCCCAGGCCAACGUGACAGUCUGGAUCAGCCCGAGCCAGAACUACCUGGGCGACGGCAACCCGCUUCAAUACGCCAUCGCGCUGUUCCCCGCAGGCGACACGCCCAACAACGUCACGGUGGUGUCGCCUGUUGGGCCUAGCAUCGGCACCAACAUGCCUGCUGGCUGGGGAUAUGCCGUAGCAGACGGCGUCUGGGGCAAGACGACGAACCUCACGACGACGAGCUUCGACGUCCCACAGGAGGGCGCCUACACACUGAGGAUCUGGGCGCUGAUGCCCAGUGUCAUCGUGCAAAAGAUCAUCGUGGAUCUGGGCGGUGUGAGGCCGAGCUACCUUGGCCCACCACAGAGCUUCCUGGUGGGCAAGGAUCAGCUAGGGGAAUAUAACGGGACGAGCGUCUUGUAG